AUGCCGGGCCGGGCGGAGCCGUCGGGGGGACGCGCGGCGGCGGGGCCGGUGGCGGUGCCCGUGCCGGUGACACCGGGCGCGGCGGCGCGGCCGGGAGGCGCGGGGCUGCGGGCCAAGGGCUUCGCCAUCACCGACCUGCUGGGGCUGGAAGCCGAGCUGCAGCCGCCCCCCGGGCCCCCCCCGGCCGCCACCGCCACCGGCGGCUACGAGGGCGGCGGGGCGCUGGGGCUGGGGCUGGGGCUGCUGUGCAGCCUGGGCGCGCCGGGCGCCCCGUGCCUGCUGCCCGCCCCGCUGCCGCUGCUGCCCGCCCGCGGCCCCCGCCCGCCGCCCGGGCCGCCGCCCGCCGCCCGCCGCCACAAGGAGAACAUCUCCGAUGAGGACAGCCUGUCCGGGGACGCCAGCGAGCUGAAGAUGUCCAGCUCCCAGAUCAAGAGGAAGAAACGCCGGCACAGGACCGUAUUCACAGCUCACCAGCUGGAGGAGCUGGAGAAGGCUUUCAAUGAAGCGCACUACCCCGACGUGUAUGCCCGGGAGAUGCUGGCUGUGAAGACGGAGCUGCCGGAGGACAGGAUACAGGUUUGGUUUCAGAACCGAAGAGCCAAGUGGCGGAAGCGGGAGAAGUGCUGGGGCCGCAGCAGCGUGAUGGCGGAGUACGGCCUGUACGGCGCCAUGGUGCGGCACUCCAUCCCCCUGCCCGAGUCCAUCCUCAACUCCGCCAAGAGCGGCCUGGUGGGAUCCUGCGCCCCGUGGCUGCUGGGUAUGCACAAAAAGUCCAUGGAGGUAAGCAGGAAGGCAGAGAGCCAAGAGAAGCUGGCAGAUGGCUGGCGAGUGGAGCAGGAGGAGGAAGAGGAACUCAAAGGGACGCAGGCCAGCUCCCAGAAGGGCUCUGACAAGGUUGGGCCUGCGAAAGACUCGGAGGACACAGCCAUCGACCUCUCCAGGACAGCCAAGCACGAGAAGAGGGGUGUUCUGAGGCAGUACAUCAAUGGGGACCCCUCCUCAGAGCAGAAGGACAGGGACCACUGA